UGAUAUGCUUUUAUUUACUUAUAUUUAUGUAUAUUUUUCAUAGACGAGAAAAACUUCAAGUAGGUUUAUCAGGAGAAGCUCUGAGUAAAUGGUGGCCUUACAAUAUUGUUUCCAAAAUAGUAGGUGGUGAGGCUUUUCUUGACAAUGAUCUUUUAUCUCAAAGUCAAAACUUUUCUAGUCAAGAUUUUCAAGAUGAUCAGAUUGCCACAAUGGAGGAUGGCAAAGAGAUUAUCUGUAUUUUACAUAUUGAAGCUUUGGAUGAUAUAAGUGAUGUGCAACCUAUUGUCACUAUUCCUGAUGAGGAACCAACUAAAUCUACAUCCAGCUGCAAUAAACGAAGGAACUCUGAUGAUAAAAAACUUUAAAUAAAAUAGCAAAAACUGAACCGGUAAGAGCAAAUAAAAACGCAAGUUUUUCUUCAAAAUACUUAAAAUUAGCAAAUAAAAAUCUUGUUCAAAAAAAAAAGUUCAAAUCCGUUCACAACAACUACGAAUCAGAGAGGUUGCUGCUUUAGAGCAUAUGACCGACGCAAUCGAAAAUGCAUCUUAAGCCCAAGUAGAUGUGUCUAAAGCCCAAAUAGAAUAUUAUAAGGUCUUAAUGAAAAAAUAAGGUGUUCUAUUAGUCAAGAUAUCUCUUUAGUAAUUAAUUAUGUUAAAAUAAAUUAAAUAUGUUAUGUCAAAAGGUCAAUAUCUUUUUCAACAGUAUACCUUGUUUACGUAUCUAUGCUAAUUAUAUUUAAUAAGGUUUUUCAAUAUUUUUUACUAAAGGGAUGGAAAUAUUGUACAAGCUUGUAGAUGAAUCUCUAUUUGUAUAUGUUUUUUAUGUUACUAUUUUACUAUUAUCAAAGGAAUAUUUAUUUUGUAAUUUCAAGCAUUAAAAUGCAUUUCUGGUGAUGUUUUUUA